GGUGCCUUGUGCCGAUGAUGGCGGCCACCAUGGAGGAGGAAGAGCUGGAGUUUGUUGAUGAGUUGGAAGGGGUUCUGCACCUGACGCCGGAGGUGCAGCAGGCAAUCGAACAGGUGUUCCCCAGCCAGGAUCCCUUGGAUAGGUCUGAUUUCAAUGCAGUGGAAUAUAUCAACACACUCUUCCCAACUGAACAGUCUUUAGCCAACAUUGAUGAAGUUGUAAACAAGAUAAGACUAAAGAUAAGACGGUUGGAUGAUAACAUUCGAACAGUAGUAAGAGGACAGACGAAUGUAGGACAAGAUGGCCGACAGGCUUUGGAAGAAGCACAGAAAGCCAUUCAACAGCUUUUUGCCAAGAUUAAGGACAUUAAGGACAAGGCAGAGAAAUCAGAACAGAUGGUCAAGGAAAUCACACGGGAUAUUAAACAACUUGAUCACGCCAAACGUCACCUUACAACUUCCAUCACCACACUUAAUCACCUGCAUAUGCUUGCAGGUGGUGUCGACUCCUUGGAGGCUAUGACUCGCCGUAGACAGUAUGGAGAAGUGGCUAACCUCAUGCAAGGGGUGGUAAACGUAUUGGAACAUUUUCAUAAGUACAUGGGCAUUCCGCAGAUCCGCCAGCUCUCCGAAAGAGUACGAGCCGCACAAACUGAACUGGGACAGCAGAUCCUGGCAGAUUUUGAAGAGGCCUUCCCAUCCCAGGGAACUAAGAGACCUGCAGGUCCCAGUAACAUCCUGCGUGAUGCCUGCCUUGUUGCCAAUGUGCUGGACCCCAAAAUUAAACAGGAGAUCAUCAAAAAAUUUACAAAACAACAUCUUUCAGAGUACCUUGUUCUGUUCCAGGAAAACCAAGAUGUGGCGUGGCUAGAUAAGAUAGAUCGACGGUAUGCUUGGAUCAAACGGCAGUUGGUAGACUACGAGGAGAAAUAUGGCCGGAUGUUUCCAGUGGAAUGGUGCAUGAGUGAAAGGAUCACUGUGGAAUUCUGCCAUGUUACCAGGAUUGAGCUGGCUAAAAUAAUGCGAACAAGAGCCAAGGAAAUUGAAGUAAAAUUGCUGCUGUUUGCUAUUCAAAGAACAACAAAUUUUGAGAGCCUGUUGGCCAAGCGGUUUUCAGGCAGCACGCUGACAGACGGCAUUGUGAAAAAGCCAGAACCUGCGCCACCUCCUACAAAUCCAAUCCUGGAGGAUGAAACUGGAGUGGAUUGCGACCCUGAGAAAGAAGGUGAUCUGGAGAAGCCAAAGAAGCCCAAAGUCCCAGACAACCCUUUCCAUGGCAUUAUCUCCAAAUGCUUUGAGCCACACUUGUAUGUUUACAUCGAGUCCCAGGAUAGGAAUCUCAAUGAACUGAUAGACAAAUUUGUGGCAGAUUUCAAAGCCCAUGGUCCUCCAAAGCCAAACACUGAUGAUGGGGGAGUAGUGCUCCCCAGCUGUGCCGAUUUAUUUGUCUACUACAAGAAAUGCAUGGUGCAGUGCUCACAACUCAGCACUGGAGAGCCAAUGAUUGCUUUAACCACCAUUUUCCAGAAAUACCUACGAGAAUAUGCAUGGAAAAUCCUCUCUGGAAAUCUGCCUAAGACCACAAGCAGCAGCACUGGCUUGACCAUCUCCAGUCUGCUGAAGGAGAAGGAAGGCUCGGAGGUUGCCAAGUUCACACUGGAGGAGCUCUGCCUCAUUUGCAGCAUCCUCAGCACAGCGGAGUACUGCCUGGCAACAACACAACAGCUCGAAGAAAAGCUCAAAGAGAAGGUGGAUGUAAGUCUGGUAGAAAGGAUUAACCUGAUGUCAGAAAUGGACACCUUCAGCACAGUGAUUUCUAAUAGUAUCCAGCUGUUGGUUCAGGACUUGGAUGCAGCCUGUGAUCCUGCGCUGACUGCUAUGAGUAAAAUGCCAUGGCAAAAUGUGGAACAUGUGGGUGACCAGAGUGCAUAUGUUACUUCUAUAAUCCAACAUAUCAAACAGAACGUGCCCAUCAUCCGAGAUAACCUGGCUUCCACUCGCAAAUACUUUACUCAGUUCUGCAUCAAAUUUGUCAACUCCUUCAUUCCAAAGUUCAUCAACCACCUUUUCAAGUGCAAACCAAUCAGCAUGGUAGGAGCAGAGCAGCUUCUGCUAGACACUCAUUCCCUCAAAACCGUUUUGCUUGACCUUCCUUCCAUUGGUUCACAAGUGGUACGAAAGGCUCCAGCGAGCUACACAAAGAUCGUUGUCAAAGGCAUGACUCGUGCAGAGAUGAUUCUGAAGGUGGUUAUGGCUCCCCACGAAGCAUCGGUGGUGUUUGUAGAUAAUUACAUCAAACUUCUGGCAGACUGCAGCACAGAUACAUUCCAGAAGGUUCUCGACAUGAAGGGUUUAAAGCGGAGUGAGCAGAGCAGCAUGCUGGAACUGUUCCGUCAAAGACUGCCGACUCCUCCUUCAGGGGGAGAGAACACUUUAACGACGGCACUCUCUGCCCCUUCCCCAGAGCAGGAGUCUUCCAGGAUCCGCAAACUGGAGAAACUCAUUAAAAAGAGGUUGUAAGCAAAGUACUAGGGUGGCAUUGGCCCAGAUAACCCCCUGGCAAUGGUCCUUUUCCCCUUCCUGCUCUUUUCCUUAGAUCAGCACCAUCCUGUUUGUUUGUUUCCUCCCCCCCCCCCCCCAACACACGUUCCUGCAGAUAUGAAUCCAUCCUUGCAACAGUGGUCAUUUUCCGUUUAUGGCAACCUCCAGCCAGGCAGAGCCUAGGAGUAACUCGAGAAUUUAAUGACUAGUUGAUGUUCUCUCAACCUGCCCUGGAGUUGAAAUUCUCUACCGUGAGCAUUUUUAGACUCUGAUGUUACAAGGAAAGCUCACGUUCCACCAGGAAAUGUACAUAAAACUACAGCUAGAAAAUUUCACGCAAUAUUUUAUGCUGUGAUUAGCAUUUUGCACAAAAAAUAGUGUAUAUCUUAGAAUUCGGACAUGCAGCUACAGUUGUACAACGGUUCAAGGUGGGACGUAUUCUAAACAUCAGAACAUAGGAGUACUUCUUAGCAGGGGAGUAAUCACCUAGCAGUUACCUGAAACCUUGAUAUUACAAUCAGGAACUAGCUGCCGAAUGUGAAAAAUAUCUGAGUUGACCGACUGCAUUUCCCUGGGAUAAACUUGUGCAACCCAAACUGGCUUGAUCCUCAGAGCAUAGAACCUUAGGAAUCUCACACAGGUAAAUCCCGUCACAACGUGACAAAAAUCUUGUUCAGCCCAAUGAAUUUUACUCUGUACCUCAACUAGCCAUCAAAAACUGAGUGUUUCUGAACGCUUUAAAGAUCACCUCAAGACAACUGAAGUUAUUAACAGUGAUAAGUUAUUAAAAAUCUAAAAACUGAAACACACAUAAAUUUUAAAACACUUAGAAACUAAUCUUAAAACCUCUACAUAAAUGAAAACAAUUAAUCAAAAGUGUAAAUUACAUAGAACAUGCCUUUGUCCCCUCUGUGUGAAUGGAGACACUGUUUCUGAGCAGGUUCCUCAGAAGAAAGGCUGGAUAAUUUCCAUUGCUUCAUGCUUCAUUGGGAAAGCUUGUAAAGUAUCACAAACAGCAGAUGGUGGCUUUGGGACCUCAACACAAUCCCAGAGAUGUGGUGAAGUACCACUUUUCUAAUUUCCCUUCCUAAAGAAUUGCUGGCCUGGAUAAUAAGCAGUUUGUUCUAUUACUUGAGUCAUCAUAGUUAAGCAUUUGUAAAUAAACCUAUUGUCAUCCAGUUAAUUUAUAGGAAGAAAGCAAGUCCAAGAUCCACUUUAAGCAUCCUAAAGUGUGGACCACAGUCUUGAAUACAAUAACCUUAGCUUAGACUAUCCUUAUCCCACUGAACAUAAAGUUAAUAGCUAGAGAUACAUUCCAUAAAUAACAGGGGCAUCUGGGUAUCAUUCAGAAACAGGAAGUCCUGGGAUAGUUUCCUUUCUAUUUCAAGUCCCGAGUCGUGAAGCCAACUAUGAUCAUCACACAGAUUCAGUGUGGCCCAGGAAUGGGUACCAAUUAAGAAAUAUGAUAUUCUGCCUAAUUCUGUGUCCCAGGACAUCAAGGUAAACUCUUGCGACAGUAUUUUAAUAUACCAUUGUUUAACAAAAAUAUCAACAGUGGGCUGAAGUAAAUUCAUUUGAAUGUGCAUCAUGGCUGGAAGGUCUUAAGUAGUUAUUGAAAGGUGUUACAAAUGGUUUAUGCCAAUGAAGGCCAUUUCCUGAAUGUAGCUUUCAGUGUAUUUUGUAAUGCCACUAAAAUGAUGAGUUACUUGUGGAAGAAUAACUGACUUGCCUCUAACUUAAGAAAACACAGUGACGUUAAACUAAUGUCCACUUGGUAUUUGUGAAGAAACCUAUUGUCAUCAGUAAUUUAAUAAUAACAAUAAUAAAUACUUUACUAAUCCCAAGUGGGAAAUUGUAGAGAGAAGGCAUGUCCAAGAUCCAUCUUGGGCCACGGUCUUGAAUACAAUAACCUUGGCUUUGUUGUGCUUGCUCAACUUGCUUUUCAGAAAAAAAGACUUUGAAAAUCAUAACCCUAAAAAAAGGUGGCAGGAUUGUCUAUAUUCAUUGUACAGAAACACUGGAAGUGUUUGUCCUUUGCUCUCCCCGUAACUAGAAGCUGUAUUUGUAUAUUGAUGGGCCCCAUGCUGAAUGAAAACCCCAUUGAGCACAAUCCCCUAUUUUGAGAAUCUUCCUUGCCUUUUAUAUUUAUUGUGUUUGUUUAAGGCUGGGUUCUUCUAAAGAACUUUCAUCUGCCCGAUUUCAGGAUGUAAAUGUUCUUGAUUACUUGUUUCUGUUAACUGGCCAGUGUCAAUUGGGGACUGCACUUUUACAAUUUCAGAACAGUUUGACUCUUGCAUAAUGUUAUAAUGAGCCUAUUGUGUAAUUUUGGUAAAUAAACGCACAGUUGGAACAGUUUCCUCAUGAAUAUAUUAUGCUGACUUGAAGCCAUGUAUCUGUCACAUUUGUCAGUGUUUGUGUGACACUUAGAAUUCGGUUAAUUAAUUGUGAAGGAUCAGCUUUAUUCACCAUAUACACAGAUUGGGAAUUUGCUGUGGUGCAACAGCAAUAUUCAACAAUCAUACAGAAUAAAGAAUAAUAUAAAAAUGAGGUUGGAAAUACAGAUAUGGAAUAAAAUGUAUAUAAAUACCAGCAUAUAUUUACAAUGGAAACAGCAUUAUAAAAAAUAGUUUCAAGUGUUUACAGUGCAGUGACUGAGGUAAUAGAUGGGGGGGGGGUGGGUCUAACUG